GCGCGGCGUCUGGCGCUUGUCUUGUCUUGCGGCUUACAUGGCGAAUUUGCUUACAGGGAAAUGACGCGCACACUUUCGAAAUCAUCAUCCUUUGACAGAUCAUUGUUGGCAAAUGCAGUGCGGCAGGAUUGAGUGAACUUUUAGAGUCUUCCUCGUUGAGUCCAAAGGCAAGGGAGGUACCUUACUUUUACAUAAGGGUUCCAGAAUAUCGCGAAACAGCGCCCCUCAGUGAGCAUCCCCCCCCAGAUUUGCGACAAUCUCAACCACCGAACACGAUAGGCCCGCAAUACGCCCAUAAUGGCCCUUCCAGCCUUGAAUGCGCUGGAGGAGUGCUCUGAUUUCUCAAAGACGGUCGAGCCCUUUCUCCCUCAGCUCUACGAGCUUCCCAACAAGCUAGUCGAGGUCUUUACGUCAGGUGGAAGCCUGCGCGCACUCUAUCUCAGCACCAACCCGCUCAUCUCCGCGUUCGCCUUUUCGCUCGUGCUAGGCUUUGUCUUCUUGGUUGUCGCCGAGAUCAACAAGAACUAUUCACAGGUUGAUAGAUGCUGGAGUCUAUUGCCUACAGUCUACCUGGCCCACUUCGACAUAUGGGCGCGCAUGGCUGGCCUGCCUAGCGAGAGACUGGAUACCGCCCUCUUCUUUAGCACCGUUUGGAGCAUUCGAUUGACAUACAACUACGCCCGAAAGGGAGGAUACAAUGUUGGCUCUGAGGAUUAUAGAUGGGAGAUUGUCCGCAAAAACGCCCCAGCAUGGGCUUUCCACCUCCUCAAUGUCGUCUUCAUCUCUUUCAUCCAGAGCGUCCUCCUCUUCUUGAUCGCUGCCCCCGCAUAUCCGAUGUUGCUGGCAAUCCAGUUUGAGCCGCAGGCGUCUACCGCAGAUUACGUGUUCAUGUCCAUCCAGCUCGGGCUUGUCACCUUGGAAUGGUUUGCGGACCAGCAACAGUGGGACUACCAUGGCGCCAAAAAGCAAUACCAGGAAUCUGCCAAGGUUCCUCCAGGAUACACGCACGCCGAGGUGGAGCAAGGGUUCGUUUCGAGCGGUCUCUGGGCUUAUAGUCGGCACCCCAACUUUGCCGCCGAGCAGACCAUUUGGUUCCUGCUCUACCAGUGGAGCUGUUAUGACACAAAGGUCCUGUACAGCUGGGCGGCUGUCGGUUCGGUAUCUCUGCUCUCGCUGUUCCAGGGCUCGACGUGGCUCACAGAGCUCAUCACUGCUGGAAAGUACCCGGACUAUAAGGACUAUCAGAAGCAGGUUGGCAUGUUCGUACCUACAGGACCGGCCUACAAGGCACGGGCUAUGUCCAAGGGGCCCAAGAUCAUCAAGACGAGCGAGCUUGCGAAGAAGAAUGAGGCGAAGAAGCACAAGUAAAGGUUUGGUGCCAUAUCGGAAUCCCUCGGAGACACCACUAAAUCUGUCAGCUUAUUUAGCGAGUGAGGCGCAAUCACUUGGAUAUGAUUUAGCAUCAUACAGUGCGGUUCAGAAUACAGUGCUCAAUGCUGAUUUCAAAGUGACUGACAUGUAUGCUAAGACGAAGGAUAGCACAUGCCAAGGAAUUUCGGGAGUUCGGGAUUAUUGAUUAUCAAACCUUUGUCCCCAUUUUGCGGGAUGACAUAUCUUGCAAGGCUAGAUCCGACUUUACUUUUCAAGAUUCUUCGUCCGAUUAGCGCGGGUUUGCCGAGUAUGUACAUCGGCAGGUACCUUAUCUACCUUAUGUCACAC